AUCUUCUUCCUUACCAGCCCAUUUAUCGUGUAGAUUCUGUCUCGCCGAAUUUCCCGAGCUGUUAUACCCAUCAUCAAGUCAACUUACCGAUGGCGGCUACUAUGCAUCCUCCUGUCUCUGAUUCCAAUCAGAUGCCUGAUUCUCAUGGCUUGCCUUCUCUCUUCGGUGGGCUGGGAUAUCACAACCAGAGGCCUGGACCGAAGUACAACGGGAUCAAGAAUAGCAUGCCAAUGGCGAUACCUCCCUACAAUCAAUUUGUUCUUCUGCCGAAUGGUACUAUCUUCAGCGGACUGCCUCUUGACCAGGGCCCGUAUUUACCUGCACAUGGCCUCUACUCCGGCUUGGCCCCGCCUUGUCCGGUGGUGCCAACUCCCCCGAGCGACUACUUUCACAACCCCAAUGCUGGUCUGGAAGGACCUGGCUUGUCGAAUUUCGGAUUCAAUGGCCUUCCUCAGCCAAGUGGGACAUGUCUACCUCUCCAGAUGAUGAAGACUCCGACGGGGUAUAUUCUCCAGGAUCUCGAGAGUUUGACGCAGCAAGAUCCACCCAUCCCACGAGCGGUGCCCGCCAUGUGGACAAACCCAUCUGAUCUGACUCUGGCUAAGUGUCUAGAGAAUCGAGAGGGGAUUACCAAUGUCUACAUUCGAGGCUUUCUUCCGGAGACGACUGAUGAUAUGCUGCAUGCUUAUGCCUCCCGCUUCGGAAAAAUAGAUCGCUGCAAAGCUAUUGUUGACUUGGACACGGGCCUCUGCAAAGGAUUUGGAUUCGUCCAGUACUACAACUUCGAAUCCUGCGAGAACUGCAUCCGCGGUUUCUUCUACCUUGGCUACCAGGCCAGUUUUGCUCAGAAAUCCCGCAACUCUAGGCUCAAAGAUCUAGAGGAUAAGUCUUCGACCAACAUUUACUGCACAAACCUUCCGAUCGAGUGGACAGAGGCUGAUCUUCGUCGUCACUUCGAGCCAUAUCGUGUGGUCUCGGAAAAGAUCAGCCGCGAUGAGAAAACCGGAGUGAGCAAGGAGGUUGGAUUUGCUCGGUUUGAAACGCGUGACAUUGCAGAGAAGGUGUUGGGCGAGUUCCAUAAUGUCGUCUCCAAGGAUGGAGUCAAAUUGCUUCUUCGUUUUGCGGAUACGAAGGCCCAGAAGCUUCUCAAGCAGCAAAGCAACGAGAGACGCGCAUACCGUGCUGGGGAGUAUAACUACUCGGUUGAGGUCGUGCAAGGAUCCACCCCUUCGCCAUCAUUGCACCGUAUUCAACAGGGCGUGUCGCAUAUCAGUCCCAACUCGCAGGCCAGCUACGCCUCUCCAGUCGGUGUGUCUCCAGUCGGUGUGGGAUCUACCUGGACCCCUGCGACAUCCAUCUCCCCAUCGUAUCCCCUGAUGAAGAGCCAGGCGGGGAACGUGCGCUUCAACUCUUGGUCAUCCAAAGGCGGGCCAAGAGCCUUGGAGAACACACCUCUCGGGCGAGGGCAACGCAAUGCCUGGACUGACAACGUCUCUGGCGGUUCUUCAAAGAUGAACUUUCCAGCAACUCCUUGUGUUAAGACUCGCUCCGAGCAGUCUAGCCCUCGCAAGAGCAACGUCAAGGCUGGUUCCGUGUCUCCCAUCUCAGCACGCAAGGAGGUUAUUGUGACUUCACCCCGCUCGGUCAUCUGAGCAUUGAAUGUCAACCGUGCCUAAUACGCUUGCUUCCCCAUGCAAUGUGCGCUUGCUUUUAUUUCUCGCUUUCCUCUUUUUGUUCAAGAUUCCGAUUUUUCCCUAUCUUCA